CUUUUUGAGUGGUUACUGAAGAUUAGCGAACAUUUUCAUACAAUUAUCUGCAACGCGGAGGAUGAUGACGCUCGAUGUGAAGCAACCAAACACACAGGAUGGACGACUUUGUGAAGAACGUGGUGCUGGCCCUCGUGGUGGGGCUGUUGGGCGCAGUGCUUAUGUUUGGACGCAGGAGGUUGCGGCGAUGGGCUCACUUGGAGCCAAUUGGUAGCGCACAAGAAAACCCGGCCGUCAACGACGCCGCUGGCCGUCGCCGCCGUGCAUUCACAGACGUUGCGCAUGACAUCCGAUCGAAGGCUGGUGAACGCAUUGAGCGAGAACGGCAGAAGAAAGCGGCUGCCCUGAAAGAACUUCAACGCCAACAUCGCAUGGAUGGGCAGCGCCUUGGCUCGUCCUUGCCGGAUUCUGAACGCGCGUUUGCCCGCGAGCGAAAGAAUUUGGAGAGAAUGGCGGCCAUUGAGAGACACGCGUUGCGGGAGCAGCAGGAGGAGGCGUAUGCGGCGUCGCUGGCGAAAGACCGCGCAAAGCAGCAGCGCCAGCAGCAGGCAGACACAGCAAAGAGGGCGGUGGAAGGGGAGCCGGAGCAGAAGCAACGGACUGGCGCACGUGAGAAGCAGCAACAGCAGCAGCAGCAGGGUGACGUGGGAGCAGCACAGUUGUCGACACGAGCGGCUGUGCCUGAAACUGAAGUUGAGGUUGAGGCUGAGGCUGAGGAUGAAGUGCUGGACGUGGAACUGCCGCCGGAACCAGAGGAGAGCGAUCCAAACAGCAUACUCGUGCGCUGUCGCAUUCGCGCUGUCAACGGCGGAAAGGACACGGAGCUGACACGCCGCUUCGCCGGAACAGACACAGUGCAGGAUUUGCUCAACUUUGUGCACACGCGAGGGUUCUCGCCGCGCGCGUAUGUGUUUGAGACGGCGAUGCCACGUGUUGAGUUGAACACACGCGCGUCGUCCACCAUCGCCACCGCCGCCAACACAUCCGCACGCCGCAUUCUCGUCAGGGGCGCUCCACGCACCAUCUAGCCGUGCACGCUGUGUGUGUGUGUGUGUGUGAGUGUGUGUGUGUGUGUGAGUGUGUGUGUGUGUGUGUGUGA